AUGAAUAAAAAUGAACGACUUGUGGAUAUACUGAAGUGGACUGUGAACUUACCAGUCAUAGAUACAGCGGUGUGGCUAAGGGAGAAGGGGCGAACCUGUGGUCUUCCAACCGGCAGUAAAUUUCCUGAAGGAACCACCCUUGUAUAUUAUGAAGCCAAAGACUCCUAUAACCGGCUCGCAAUCUGUAGAUUUGACAUCAGAGUUAAAGUUCUUCGCUGUGCUAGUGUUCCAGCAGCACACCAUCGCUGGCAUUCAUGCAGUAAAAGCAAUAUUGCUGGCUCACGCUGCGAAUUCUAUUGUUCAACUGGGUACAAACUCGUUGGGUCGUCCUUGCCAUCACUCUGCAGACAUUCCGACCUUAAGUGGUCAUUGGCAUUCCCAACUUGCCAAGUCGUAAUUGUACUGCAAUUUUUUUUUGCAUCCCAUUCAACAGUGAAGACCUGCAGUCCUUUGCCACCUUUUCCCAAUGGAAAUAUUGCUUGCUCUGACUCAAACCGAUACAACAGCGUCUGUACCUACGACUGUAACAGUGGCUUUGGGUUCACACCGGGAGACAUAUUGACUCGUACCUGUCGAGAAACCUGGUCUGGGUCAACACCAACAUGCAUUGAUGUCCAGCAUCCAGUCUUUCUCAGUUGCCCUCGUCCCAUACCAAAAGAGGCAGAUGAUGCAUUGACUAGUGCAGAAGUGUGCUGGCAAGCACCAAAAGCUGAUGACAAUGUGCCAAGUGGAUUGACCGUAACUCAGAUACUAGGAUUACCCCCAUGUAGCCGAUUCAGUCAAGGAACUCAUACUAUCAAGUAUCAGGCCCGAGAUGCCCAAGGCAAUACAGCUGAUUGUGUCUUCAGUGUUACAGUCAGGGUUAUAACUUGCAGUGGAUUAGAACCCAAAGUUGGGUUGAUAAUUGACUGUCCCAGUGGUCACAUCAAGGGAGCAUCCUGUACCUUUCAGUGUGACGUAGGAUAUCGACGACUUGGAGGAAAUAGUGCCACUUGUCUGUCGAGUGGAUCAUGGAGCUCUCCCCAGCCAACGUGUGAAAUUCUGAGAUGUCAGAAACUAGAUCCUCCGGCCCACGGAGACUUCCGGGAUUCUCGGCCCUGUGGUGACACCUUUGGCUCUUGGUGUUAUUUUGAUUGUGAUGUUGGGUACAGCAUCACUGGUAGCCCGGCGAGACUCUGUGUUGCUGAGAGAGGAGGGACCGGUGCAUUCUGGGAUGGCACUGUAACGGAGUGCCAACCUGACACCUGCCAGGUGCCACAACCAGGCCCUGGUUUGCUCCCAAACCAACCUGAUCAAUGCCCCGCUGGGACGGAGGUGGUGUAUAACACUGUCUGUCGCUACAAGUGUAGUGAGGGGUAUUCAUUGCAAGGUGGAUCGUCAAUGAUAUGUGGUGAAGAUGGACAAUGGAAACAGACACUGCCUCAGUGCACAGAAAUCACCUGUGCAAGCAGCGACCUACCUGCCCCAGUCAAUGGUGUAAAGAGUGGUUGUUCCCGAGAGCGUGAGCCGUACGGUACUGCCUGUACCCUGUCAUGUAAUCGUGGAUACACGCCAACAACUUCAACUCAGAGAACUUGUCAGAGUGAUAGCAAUGAUAAAGGAGUCUGGUCAGGUGGAACAAUAACGUGUACAGUUGUGACUUGCCCACUGCUUCCUUCCCCGACCAACGGUUUCAAGUCAAGUUGCGUCCGCUAUGGAAAAAAUGUCACCACGGGCGGUCUCCAACCAUUUGACACAACCUGUACAUCAGCCUGUAAUGAAGGCUACACCAUCUUUGGCACAGCAACUCGUAACUGCCUGGUAUCCGGCACAUGGGAUGGGAGCAGUGUAGAAUGCAGAGAUGUAACAGCCCCAGUUGUGCAGUGCCCCGUGGAUCAGAUCAUUUUUGCUGGAGAAGGGCAGAGUAUGGUAUCGGUGUCUUGGCAUUGGGAACCUGUUAGGGCCACUGAUGCUGGCCGUGAGAUCACGGCUGUUCUGCAGUCCAUCAACUCUGCACCUGUCACUGGCCCCAAGCCUAGCACCUUGGAAGAAGGGACCUACUCGCUGGUCUACUCAGCAGCUGAUAGUGCUGGCAACUCAGGGUCCUGCUCCAUGCAACUUGAGACCAAAGUGACUCGAUGUACUGGCUUGAAUGCCCCACUGAAUGGUGCCCUGCGCCUUGCAUCUGGCCAUGGCUCCUGCACAGAAGGCGCUGUUUAUGGCUCUAUCUGUGAAAUCAGCUGUGAUGCAGGAUACACCUUGUCAACAGAGGGCGCCACUCUGAGGAGACAGUGUAACCGUUUGACCGAUCAGAGCAGUCAAGGAUAUUGGACUCUUGAGCAACCAACAUGUGAAGCGAACACCUGUCCCUACAUUAGUGUCACCAAUGGCUACAUCAGCGGUUGCGGGGGUGACACUGCCACCUACGGUGAUCUCUGCCAGUUCCAUUGUGACCUGGGUCAUAGGUCAACCAGUGGAGAGAGAAACCGUGACCGCCAGUGCCAAGCAGAUGGAUCCUGGAGUGGGCCUGACUUCCAGUGCACAGUGACUGUAACAUGCCCCGGUGCCUUCUCUCUUCCACACGGAUUGGUGAAUCCGGCUGCUUGUCGUCAGAAUGCACUUUUACCCUAUGAUACAGUGUGUCGUUUCUCUUGUGGUGAUGGCUUCCUCCAGCAGGGACCUGCGGUCAAGACUUGCUCCGACAGCGGUGACUGGGACAAUCCUCAGUCCACUCAAUGUCUAGAUGAACAGCCUCCCAGCUUUGAUGUGUCCUGCCCUCAGUCGGUAACAGUAAAGAGUGACUUUGGCCUUACUUCUAAGAUUGUAACAUUCGAUGAACCAACUGCCACUGAUAACUCAGGAAGGGUCAAUGUCAGCAGGCAAGUUGGUCAUUUGGCCCCCGGCAGCAGGUUUCCAGAAGGUAAAACUACGGUCACAUACACUGCUACGGAUCCCACUGCUCUGUCUUCACAGUGUGAUGUUAUCGUGACAGUCAUAGUCCAUCGUUGUAAGAGACUCCAAGCUCCCAAUUCUGGCUCCAUUCGAUGCGACCACCCUAGCCCCAUCGUUGGCACCAAGUGCAGCUUGGAGUGUAACACCGGUUAUACCCUGAGUGGAUCGCAGCACAGGACCUGUCAGUUAACCAGUGAUGACACACCCUACUGGGAUGGAGACACUACUGCCUGCACCAUUGUCAGAUGCCCUGCCCAGUCUGCCCCACCCCACUCCAUCAAGUCUGGUUGCAGCCUCCCCUCUGAACCCUACGGCACUGAGUGCUCCUUCUACUGUGAGAAUGGCUACGAGGCACAUAGUAGCGAUGGCGGAAGAUCUCGUUGUCUGGCAGAUGGUACCUGGUCAGGGACAGACCUCAUCUGUAAUGAAACGGAGUGUCCUAUCUUGAGCCCCUCGGCAGGUAUUAUCCUCACCCCUGAUGUCUGCUAUGGCCAGCCCAUUUUUGGCCACAACUGCCUCCUGUCCUGCACCCAGGAUGGGUUUGCCAUUGAGCCUCCUGGCAGCGAGUACAUGACUUGCCUCAGCAGUGGAAAGUGGUCCCAAAAUAUCUCCGAUAUUCAGUGUGUGGAUCACCAAAAUCCUCUCUUUACCAGUUGCCCCUUUGUCAAAGUAGUAUACGUCGAUAAGGGCUCAACUUCUGCACAGGUCAACUUGUCCAUCUCUGCCGUGGACAAUGAUCGUGUUACACCUACAGUAACCUGUAACCCUGGGUCAGGUUUGUUUGAAAUUGGCAAACACAAGAUAUCAUGCGUUGCCAUGGACACGGCUGGUAAUUCAGCAACAUGUAGUUUCGUCAUGGAAGUGAAUGAGCGCAAGUGUCCUGUCCUCUCCCCACCUUUCUUUGGGGAGUUUGUGGGCGAGUGUCACCGUGUGUAUGGCAGUGUUUGCCACUGGGGAUGCAUUGAUGGCUACCGCUUAGUUGGUUCCAGUGAGGCCAUCUGUGAAUUUAACGGCAACUUCACGUACUGGCAACAGGACGCCUCAAGCUGUGAACUGAUCAGCUGCGAGGCUCUGUCUCUCCCGUACACCGUGCAAGUCAGUCCACCGGUCUGCACCAGCGGCAACCCAUCAGCUGGUGACCAGUGUCACUUCUUCUGUUUGAAUGAUUUCACCCUUGUUGGGGGCGUGCCAUCAAAGUCUUGCAACAAGCAAGGAGUUUGGGAGGGUGGUAUCGGCGACCUACCAACAAAUUGUGAAGAUCAAAUUGCUCCUGUUGUCACCUGCCCCAGUGACAUCCGAGCCUCUUUAGAAGAUGCAGAAGGUGUUUCUGUGACCUUUGACAUCCCUACGGCACGUGACAAUGACCCAUUGGGUAACCUGACGUUGAUGACAUCACCAGCUGACAUAGACUCGCCGUACAUUUUCAAUGAGUCUACACAGGUGGUUUACAUCUUUACUGAUGUAGCCAACAAUUCUGCUACCUGUGCUUUUCUUGUGCAAAUCUUUGACGAGAGAGAGCCCAUUGUUGUGUUUUGCCCGACCUUUGGCUACAACAUCACCACCAAGACGUCAUUGACGGAGGUGACUUGGGAGGAACCAAUCUUUGAGGACCCCUCGGGAGAUGAGCUGGAAAUCAGCAACAACAGGGGGUCAGGAAACACUGCUGUCUUCCCAUGGGGGACACACGCAGUGGUGUACACGGCCACCGACAGUAGUAACGGCAAGACUGCAAUAUGUGAAUUCCUUGUGGAGAUCCGACCUGCAGGCUGUUCGAGACUGAAUAUUCCUGAUAAUGGCGGACUGGCUUGUGAUGAGUGGAACUACGGGCAUUUGUGCACCAUGUUUUGUAACAAAGAUUACGACAUUCCUCGACUUAGCAGUAGUCAGAGACCGCCCAAGCAGUAUGUGUGUGGCUUGUCUGGUUUCUGGAGGCCUCAUAGCUUUGUGCCAGAUUGCUCAGAAACAAGGCGUCCUGGCCGAGCAAACCUCCCCUGUGAAUUGAUGUACUUCACCGGCGAUUGCAACAGUCAAGAAACCAAGGACAGCAUUGCCGCCGCCUUCAUUGAACUCUUAAAGAGCUCCACCUUCAAGGAUGCGUGUGACUCUACUGAUGAGUGCACUAUUGGGAAUGUUCGGGUUACCUGUGGUGCAACGGACAGUGGUCGAAGGAGGAGAAGUCUCGCUGCUGCUAAUGCCCAGGAAACUUAUGGCAUCCGACGGCAAAGGCAUCCAUGGAGUGCUGAACGAGAAACUGCAAAGUGGAACCAAAUGCAGUCACAGUUCAACAAGAUGGAGGGAAAUCUGCCAAGACGACAGCCCAGGAAAACGACGGAGUGGGAAGCACUCAUCAGUUUUGAAUUCAGCGUGCCUGUCCCCCAUGCUGGAGACAGCUUUAAUGCAACAUUAGAGGCAGAAAAUGUGAUGAUUAAGAUCGCUGAAGGUUUCAUCUCUGAUCUGGAAGAUGGGACUUUACCCCCUCUUAAUGUGCCAGGGCUCACGACAGUCUUGAAAGACAACUCCAUGACUUAUGGCUACGCUGAGAUCUUAUGUGAACCUGGAUAUGUUGCUAACAAUGAAGACUAUGUAUGCAGUGCCUGCAGUUCAGGAUUUUUAUAUGACAACUCAACCAGUGAGUGCCGUUUUUGUCCCAGAGGGUACUAUCAAACUGAGCAGGCACAGUUUUCUUGUGAUCAGUGCCCCCCUGGAACCACAACAGUGGUUGAAGGCGCCAACAAUAAAACGUGGUGUGAAGAGGCCUGCCUGGCUGGUAAUUUUUCAUCCAAUGGCAUUGUUCCGUGCUUCAAAUGCAUGCUGGGAGAGUAUCAACCAUUACCUGGUCAGACAUCAUGCGUCGCCUGCCCCAAUGGCACAACAACACAGGACUAUGGAGCUCAGUCCCUCAACCAAUGUCUGGAAAUAUGCAGCCCUGGCAAUGUGUCAGACACGGGAUUGGCUCCCUGCAGACCAUGUGACCGUCGCACCUACCAGCCUUUACCCCAGCAACGUCAUUGUAUACUCUGCCCAGGCAAUACUACAACUUUGACAAGUGGGGCCACCUCUGUCGAUGACUGUCAAGACAUUAAUGAAUGCGACAGUUCGCCGUGUGAGCACCAGGCUACCUGCGUAGAUCUGAUUGACAGUUACCGAUGUGACUGUCCGCCAGGCUUUCAAGGAGUCCACUGCGAUGAGGAUAUUGACGACUGUGCCGAUCACAGAUGUGUGAAUGGUGCAACCUGCGUUGAUGGGAUCACAGAUUAUCAUUGUCAGUGCAGUAACGGAUAUGAAGGGAAAUUUUGUGAGAUAAACAUCGACGAGUGUGCAUCGUUGCCUUGCAAGCAUGAAGGAGUAUGCUAUGAUGAAGUAAAUAGCUAUCGCUGCCAAUGCACAUCAAACUAUCAUGGAGUCCAUUGUGAACUGGAGGUGAAUAGUUGCUCUCCAACUCCCUGUCUUAAUGGUGCAACUUGUCAUGGCUUUGGUAGCGGGUACCAGUGUGAGUGUGCACCAGGAUACAGUGGUGAUCACUGUACCUUGGACAUCAAUGAAUGCUCUAGCAAUCCGUGCCAGAAUGGGGCUGUAUGCCAAGAUAUGCCCAAUAGUUACAACUGCAUAUGCGCUGCCGGUUACGAAGGUACACACUGCGAGAACGAUGUGGAUUGGUGCGCCGAAUCACCUUGUCAUGAUGGCUCAACGUGCAUGGAUCUAGGGUCGACCUUCCGCUGUGUUUGCCCUCUGGACAGAGUCGGUGACCUCUGCGAUACUGCAAAGACGCCAUGCCACAGUGCUCCCUGUGUAAACGAUGCCACCUGUGCUGUCAAUGCAGACGACCCAGACUUGUACACCUGUCAUUGUGUGGCUGGUUACACUGGCCUCCACUGUGAGAAAGAUUACAACGAGUGUGCCUCGCAGCCUUGUUCUAACGGAGGCACUUGCAUUGAUGAGCUCAGUGCAUUUAUGUGCAAAUGCCCACCAGGAUUUGAAGGAGAGACGUGCUCAAGUGACAUCAAUGAGUGUUCCUCCAAUCCCUGUGGAGAUGGUAACUUUUGUGAAGAUGACGUCAAUGGCUACAUCUGCAUGUGCAGACCAGGCUUGACUGGUCCCCAUUGUGAAGACUACAUUAACUACUGCAAGCCCUCUGCAUGCCAGCAUGGGUCCACUUGUAGUAAUACAGGCGCAGGGUACCAGUGCACAUGUGCUGAUGGCUUUGCUGGGAUAAACUGUGAGGUCAAUAUUGACGAGUGUGCUUCAGGACCUUGCCAGCAUGGUGGAUAUUGUAUGGACCACGUCAAUGGAUAUGCCUGCGAGUGUCAGGCAGGCUUCACUGGAACAUUCUGUCAUAUUAACAUCGACGACUGCACCCAAGAUGCCUGCCAGAAUAAUGCUACUUGCAUUGAUGGAGUCAGUGACUUUACUUGCAUCUGUUUGGAUGGCUUCACUGGUACCCACUGUGAGGGACCAGUUGACUACUGCCAGAGCGAUCCCUGUCAACACAGUGGCAUAUGUCAGAAUAACCCACCCGGCUACAGUUGCUUCUGCCUGCCAGGAUUUGGGGGUUGUAAUUGCGAAGAGAACUUUGAUGAAUGCUCUUCAUUUCCCUGCGUGCAUGCUUCGUCUUGCGUAGAUGGUGUCAACAACUACACGUGUACUUGCAAUGGGGGCUACGAUGGCAUCAACUGUGAGCAUGAAAUUGAUGAGUGUGCAAGCAGUCCCUGCUUGUACGGCGGAACGUGCUUGGAUCUUGUUGCUGGCUUUGUGUGCAACUGCAUUGAAGGCCGAAGUGGUGACAAGUGUGACCUAGAAGUGGAUAGGUGUCAAGAACAUCCGUGCCUUAACGCAGGAACAUGCCGAGAUGAGAUCAUUGGGUUUACAUGUGUUUGUGCAGACGGGUACACAGGUGAACUCUGUGAGACAGAUAUUGAUGAGUGUGGUUCAGUCCCUUGUCAGCAUGGAGGUGAAUGUGAGGAUCAGCUUAAUGCCUACGUCUGUCACUGCUCACCGGGCUUCAAGGGAACAAACUGUGACAUGGAGAUCAACGAGUGCCAAGAACUCAACGUUGAGUGUCAGCACGGAGGGACUUGUAUUGAUAAGGUGGCCAACUUUGAGUGCUUGUGUUCACCUGGCUAUGGAGGGCGAUACUGCUUGGAUGAAAUUAAUGAAUGCAAUUCUGACCCCUGUCAAAAUGGAGCUACCUGUGUGGAUGAGGAAGCUGCAUUCUCCUGUCACUGUCCAACAGGAUUUGCCGGGCCGCUGUGUGAGGUCCUGAUGGAUCUCUGUUUGGACAUCCCCUGCAGUAAUGGGGCCACCUGCUCUCCAAUGCCUGGCGGCUUCACAUGUACCUGUCCUGCUGGCUACAGCGGUGAGUUGUGUGACCUGGAUGUGGAUGAGUGUAGCAGCCAGCCUUGUCUACACCAAGCAUCGUGUGUAGAUGAAGUUAAUGGUUACCAGUGUGCUUGCUUACCAGGGUUCAUGGGAGACCAAUGUGAAACCGAGUUACCAAGCGAUUUUGACUUGCACUUUUCCAACCUGUCUGCUGGAGCUAAUCUCAUCCAAACAUCAGGCCUGACCUGUCACAACCUUGAGGCUCUCUCCACCGUGCUCUGGGUCAGAUCCAAGCGUUGUCAUGGUGAUUUCAUCCUCCUAAAGCUGUCCACACUCAGUGGGACAGCCGUCAAGUUGAGCAACCCCAGUGAACUUACAUUGAACAUCCUGGGUCAUGAAACGACUCUAAGAGAUUCCCCCAACCUGUGUGACGGGAUGUGGCAUAGCGUGCUGUUGACUUGGCAUGCUCUUGAUGACAGUCAAGAAUGGAAGCUGUACAUUGAUCUAUCUGCAGUGUUUUCUGGCUCUUACUCAGAGAGCUCCUCAGUAACAAUACCAGCAGGACUUAAGCUCACGCUGGGUCAUGAAACUGGCCUGAAUGAUCCCAGUGGAGCUUCAGAGCUGACACUGAGCGGUGUGAGCAUAUGGAGCAAGUCAUGGAGUGAAGCUGAGGUGCCUGACAUUGCAUCAUCAUGCAGACCGUUAUCUCCUGCUGACGUGUUUGCGUGGAGUGAGAUCAUGAUCAUACCCAGCCCUGGCAUCACACAGACUUUGAGGGCACCCUCUGAGUGCGAUGAUUUUGAUGAGUGCUCUUCCAAUCCAUGCGAGGCUGGUACGUGCGAGGACCGACUUGAGACGUUUGUAUGUCACUGCCCGGAGGGAUUAGAGGGGGACCGAUGCCAGACCAGCACAGACUACUGCCUACCGUAUUCCUGUCUGAACAGUGCAACUUGUUACAGCGAAAACCUAGCUUACACCUGUGUGUGCCCUGAGGGAUAUAACGGCACUCACUGUGAACUGGAAGUUGUCGAUGGUGGGUGGAGUCCUUGGCCUCCCUUCAAUGACUGCACCAAGACCUGUGGAGGUGGAAUUCAGGUCCGCUCUCGCUCAUGUGACAACCCUCGGCCCUUCAAUGGUGGGCAGCCCUGCCCAGGAGAGGCCCAUCAAACGCGAGAAUGCAACACUGCCAAAUGCCCAGCUUGCAUCACCUUACGCAAACCUUAUCGAGGGGAGCUGGAUUGCAAUGAGACAGCCGACGGGGAAAAGUUUUGCAAAAUAUCCUGUCGUGAGGGCUACGCUUUUGACAGAGAAACCUUGGAAGUCUACCGUUGUGGGCCAAGAAGCCAGUAUUCCUGGAACCAUCAGACCGAAAACAAUCCUUAUGCAAGAUUCCCUCAGUGUGUCAAAUGUGUACCAAAUGAUGACAGAGGUCAGAACGUCUUCUUUUAUUUGCCAUCACGUGAUUGUGACUCACAGAGUGCCAAAGCAAACAUUAGGAAAAUGAUUGCAGAAAGCACCGCCAUCAAGCAACAGAACUGUGUGGUGAAACAAACUUGUAAUUCCGUCAUUUGGGUUGGUAAUUGCAAUCAUGGCAGUGGUCGUGUUGCUAGACAAGCAGCUACUGUCGUCGAGGUCGUAGUUUUGUUUUCAUCGAAUGAAACCACCAACAAUGAUACAGCAGGUGCUGAAGAGGCUGUUGGUAGUGUAGUUGAUCUCAUACAUUCGGGUGAAUUCACGGUGACCAUUGAUGGCGAAGCUGUACACCCUGAUUCCCAGUCUGUUGUAAAGAACGCAUGGACUUGGUGCCCAGAGGGGGCAGUUCCCACUGAAAGCAGAACUUGUGUGACAUGUGGGGAAGGAACUUUCUACACAAUGUCACCUGACUUAGUGGAUUAUGAGUGUCGACCUUGUCCGGCCAAUACCUACCAAGAUCAGGUUGGCCAGCAAAUCUGCAUCAUGUGUCCUUAUGGUAUGGUUACCAAUGGAUGGGGUGCCAUUGACAUCAGUGAGUGCUAUGAGCCAUGUGGAGCAGGUGAGUACCGUGUUCGUAGUGACAUCAUAGGAGACAACAGGUGUGAGCCGUGCCCUCUGAACUGGUACAACCCAGGGGAUGGUUUGGAUUACUGUGUGGCAUGCCCAGACGGGUUGGUGACCAACAAGACAGGCGCCACCCAUGAGACAGAUUGCUAUGAGCCACCAAUCCCAACAAUUGACACCAGUGCUGUACCGGCGAUGACCACAGUCCAGUCCACGCUGUCCCACAAGCCUUUGGAUCCUUACACCUUCCCAGUGGUGGUAGUCAGUGUCACCACUGUCCUGGCAAUCCUUCUGGUCUCAACUGUUGCCAUUGUCUGCUUUAUCAAACUGAAAUCAAAAGCCAAGGUUGGGCCAAACCCUUCCCAGGGUGAUGAAGAACUGCCAACCAAUGCAUUCGAAAUGAAGCCCACAGUUAAACCUGAAGACCCAUUUGGAUACGACAUCUCAGACAACAUGCAGGUCAAGCAUCGAGUGGUUGGCGACGUUGUGCCAAGUUCAGACCCUCCUCCCUAUGAGACAUCUGCUUGAGAUGUCUUCUUCUUAACACCGCUUAAUGAAGCUUAUGGAGGGCAAAACAGUGUCAUCAGGAGAGAAUGGAUAAUUUGAUCUCCUAGCAGAAAUAUUUUGUUUCCAAGGUCGUAAAUAUGUGGUUAAUGUAGUUGUUCAAAGCCUGCAUCCAAAGUUGUGGACUUUGACUGAUAGUAAAGUGCUACUCAUAUUGUUGAACCAGUAUCAGAAUUCAGUGGAUUUUGUCACUUUAAGGUGUUAAGAACUUACUCUCUGAAGUUGUUUGACUGCAGCUAACUCCAUCCACAAAGAAAGAUAAUUGAUGAGUUGAGUGGUAAGCACAUCAUGCAGAUAAUGCAUAUUCAGGGUGGCUUCUUGCUCCUGUCCAGCCUUGAUCAGUUUUUUGCUGAAGAUUAAUUAAUAGACCAAAUGUUAAAAAAGAGACAAAUUUACAAAGAUGAGGUUAUUUUGUUUUUUUAACUGUGCUCUGCAGAAAGGUUUUACAGUAGUGUUUAAAGUGUGAAGAAUGCUUAGCAUUAAAGUUGCACAUGCUUACCAGCUUGAAAUAAAUGUUUCCAUCGUCAGAUCAAGUUUACACCAAAAUAAAUGCUGCCUCUGAAGUUAAAGAUCUUGCACAUCUUGACUGAGGAGACAGUCAUAGAGGGUCACUUCAGAAGAAAGGCAGAGUAUAACAGUCAUGAGCAUUCUGUUAAUUUAUAGUGUAGGGACAAUGUAAAGAAGCUAAAAGGCAUCUACAAAAUAAGGCUGCCAUUAUCAGUAAAGCAUAGAUUUUGAACCAUGCCCUCUGUGCAUCAAAUAAUAACUCCGAGCUCCUGCUUUUUAGCUUUCCCAAAGCUUGUUAUUGCUGUACUCCCCUCUGCAAGAAAUCCUGGCAACACCCACCAAUAGCCUUUUUAUGAGGUUUCCUAUUUUAGAUGUUUAUGGUGACAUGGUGUGUGAUCCACUUUUUUAACUGAGAAAAUACCAGUAACAAACUUUGCAGUAGUGUUGCUAAACCAUAUCUUUUGUAGGCACACUAUUUUAUCACCAAUAAAAAUAUAUUGUUCUCAUCAAGAAGCAUU